UCCCUCCUCCUCUUCUUUCCGGCUUGUGGCGGUGUGUCGGGUGGGCGAGCUGACCCGACCCGAACUGGGAGCAGCACCCCGAUACAGGGACAGAGGGGGGCGGCCGACAACCGGCAGACAGCGAGAUCCGCGGCUUCACUGCGUCUGGGGUUCGGAUCCACCCGCCUGCUCCAUGUCGGAUUUCAAGCUGGGGAUCGUGCGGCUCGGCCGGGUCGCCGGCAAGACUAAAUACACGCUGAUAGAUGAACAGGACAUCCCUCUUGUUGAGAACUUUGCAUUUGAGGCCCGCAUGGAGGUGGACGCAGACGGGAAUGGUGCCAAGAUCUUCGCCUACGCCUUCGAUAUCAACAAGGGGAGGUGGGCCGGACGCCCGCUGCACCACCUGCUCUGGGAGAAGCACAGGGGAGGCAUUGCCCCCAGUUUCCAGGUGGUCCACAUCAACUCUGUGACGGUGGAUAACAGACUGGACAACCUGCGCCUCGUCCCCGCGGGCUGGAAAACGAAGUCGGAGGACGUGUCAAGCAAACAGAGGGAGCAGAGCCUGUACUGGCUGGCGAUUCAGCAGGUCCCGGCAGACCCAGUGGAGGAGCAGUACCUGGAGCUGAGCCGCACGCGCUUCUACAACGCCAAUGGAGAGGUGGUGGAGGAGGAGGAGUGUGCCUGCAGCUACUACGAGUGCCACUACCCACCCUGCAACAUGAUCGAGAACAGACUCAGAGAGUUCAACAUCUGCGGCCGCUGCCAGGUGGCGCGGUACUGCGGCUCCCAGUGCCAGCAGAAGGACUGGCCGGUCCACAAGAAGCACUGCCGGGAGCGGAAGAGGGGGCUACAGCUGGACCCGGAGCCGGAGCGGUGAUCCCCCAGAGAGAGCUGGAGGGGAGGGGGGUUCAGGGCUGGAUGAAGCUCCGUCUGCACAGCACUGUCAUGCGCUUCCAGGUUUUUGGUUUUAUUUUGUAUUUGUUUUUUUUUACUAUAGUGACGAGAGUGGAGCUGCAGAGCGUGGGUUUGUGUGUCUCGCUUCGUGUUUGCACCUGCACAGUGAUACCGGGCUGCUUGCACAGAGCGCUGACACUCCCUAGAACAGAGCCGAUGUUCACAGACGCACGGAGCAGCUGAGGCAGCGCGUGUCUCGUCACAGCAAGCCUGCUGUCGGAUGAGUUUGUCUUCCGAUGCACGGCUCACUCCUGUCCAGUCCAUUUUCCAGAUGGAAACGCAGCUCGGAUUGAAGGCUGGAGCGGCUCAGUCUGCUGUGCAGAGGAAAGCGCACAAUGACCAUGUGGACCGGAUCACUAAAGACCCCUUUAGCACUGAAAAAAUAACCCAACAAAUCUCUUUUUUUUUUUUUUCCUUUUCCCCUGAAAAAAACUGCAGAACUUUGUGGACUUUUUCAGGCAGGGUCUAUGAGAGAGAGAUUGGGGCGGGGCG